AACAUGGCCGGAGCCGGCGCGAGCUCCGCCGGAGCGCGCGAUUUGCCGCUUCUCGCCGCCCAAUAACUAAGUCAUCGCCCCUCCUUUCUCCUGGCCGGCAUGUUCUCCAAAAGCUUCAAGGCCGCCAAAUGCAAGACCACGCUGAAGCUUGCGGUGUCACGAUCAAAGCUUCUGAAGAACAAGGGGGAGGCGCAGGUGCGGACGAUGAGGCGGGAUUUGUCCCAGCUUCUCCAGAUGGGGCAAGAUGAAAUCGCGCGGAUCCGGGUUCAGCAUGUGAUUAAGGAAGAGAAGAUGAUGUCAGCAUAUGAUCUCAUUGAAACCUAUUGCGAAUUAAUUGUUGAAUUCUUGCCAAUAAUUGAGUCACAAAAGAGCUGCCCUAAGGAUCUGAAGGAACCUAUUUGUAGUGUGAUAUUUGCAUCUCCAAGGUGCACAGACAUUCCAGAGCUUAAGGAUAUUAAAAAGCAAUUUACGGCUAAAUAUGGCAAAGAAUUUGUUUCCAAUAUUCUUGAAGUUCGACCAGAUUGUGGGGUUAGCAGAAUGAUGAUUGAGAAACUAUCAACAGGAGCUCCUGAAGUAGAGUUGAAAUUAAAAGUCUUGAUUGAAGUUGCCAGAGAACAUAAUGUCAAGUGGGAACCAAAGUCAUUUGUAGACGAAAUUAAGAAACCGAGAGAUGAUCUUCUGAAUGAUCCAAUCCAGUUUACUAGCGCCAAUACGAUGUUGAUGCAAUCCUCUGAUGUGGUGCUCUCAUCUUCACAUAUCACGGAUGAACAGGUUAAAUUGUUCUCCGAGAUCGGUGUCAGAGGAAAUUCAAUUGGUUUAGAUAAAGCUCCUAGUGUAAGCAUAUACAGUCCAAAUAUAUUGCUAAAUCCCCUAGGUUCAGAAAGAAGGCCUGUGGUGGAAGAAGUGAGUUGUACCAAUUGCAGCAAAAGGAAUUCUUCAUUUAAUAGCAACAACUGGAGCUUGGAGUUUAAAGAUGCAGUCUCUGCUGCUGAGGUUGCCGCUGAAGCUGCCGAAAAGGCUAGCUUGGCAGCUAGAGCUGCAGCUGAAUUGGCAAGCCAUGGAAAUUAUUCUGUUCAACAUUUUCCAUCGCAUGAAUCAUCUGCCUAUGUUAUCAAAGAUGAAGUGUCUGAAUCAUUGCAAGUCUCAAAGCCGGAAGUAGCUCGGUUUCUAGAAUUACCUAAGAAUCAGGAAGAUGAUGUGCUGGAGUACUUUUAUUGUGGAUUUAGUGAAUCAUCCUCCUCCUCCUUCUCUGACACUCAUCGUGGCUGCACGGGAUGGGAUGUUGUGAGUAGAAAAGAAGUCGAUUCCUCUAUCCUAAUAUCUGAUCAGAAUAAUUCUUAUUUUGAUGAGAAUUCUGCAAGUGGGAGAUCUAGUAAAGGAAGUUCUUCAAAAUUGGGGCAAGGAAAAGGAAAACAUAGCGGUUCAACUUCAGAUGUAAAUUCUUGGAGCCCUAAGCAGCAGGUGGAUGAGACACAUUUUUCAUCAGCAACACACCGAAUUAAGGAUUUAACAAAUGCAGAAGGUGAACUUCUUUCUGACCCUUACACAGAUUUAGCACUGAAUUACGAAACAAAUGACGAUAGCACCGACAACAAGGAUUGCAUAGAAAAAUUUGAGGACAACACCUUUGAAAAUGGUCCAUAUGCUGCAGCAUCUGAUGAAGGUACCCCUUUCGGGUUCAAGAAAGGAGUUGAAAAAGCAAUCCUCAGUUCAAGCAAUGUUGAGAAAAGUUUUUCCGGAUUAAGCAUGCAAAGUAUGCAGCAAACUCCAAGAAAUCAAUCAUCUCCUAGAAAUAUUGAUGAUCUAAAUGGAGAAUUAACACAUUCUGCAGCUACUGAUGAAACUUAUGAGACUGGAGGAUUAAACUUAAGACCGCUAAAAGGUGGACUUAGAAACAGGAGCUAUCGUCAUCUUCCACAUUUAACAGGUUCUGUUCUUGAUUCUGUACCUCAAUCAAGAUUGUCAUCGUACAGCUCAUCUCCUAUCAAUAAGAAAGAAGAUUCAUCUAAUGAUGAUUCACAUACACCUCCUUAUGCAUUCAGAGUAAGAGCUUCAAAAUCUUAUGCAGACAGACACUAUGAGAAGGAAGAAGACCAGUUUCAAAGGGAGGUCACUGCCAUCACAUUAGUAAAGACUGAAGAUUCGAUAAAUACAGAGGAUGCAUCCUUUCUUACAAUGUCAAGGAGAGCCACUAGGGAUGCUAAUCUUUCUCGGAGAACAAGAAGCACAACGUCAGUUUCUGAAGAAGACACCAUCUCAAGAAUCAUGUCUCAACCGUCAAGUGAAACUCCAUACAAAUGUUUUUCAGAUAGAAUAACAGAUAAAAACCAUAAUAAUAGUGUAAGUUCCAAGUCCGUGCAGUUAAAUUUAUCAUCUGAAGAACCUUGUUUACUGGACAAGGAAGUUCCGCCAAUUAAGCGAAGUCAAAGUUCACCGAUACAUGGGUUGGGAAUAUCUUCAGUUCAAAGAAAUGGUGGACCAAACACAUCAACCUCAGUGGAGAAUCUGACUUCACAUCAAAUGUCUCUCAAAAGGGCCUCCCAUGUUCAUCCCAAACUUCCCGACUAUGAUACCAUCGUCGCUCAUUUGCAGUCACUCCGUUUAAACAGUCAUCCAACAUAAUGUUGCAAGUUUGUUUUCUUCUCCUUUGGGUUAAACUUCGGUUCUUGUUGGUGAAUAUUCAUGACUAUAGUCAUUUUGUUACUUGAAUAGUUGAACAAUAAAAAGAAGGUAAAAAAUU